AUGAGGGGAAGGCCCCUGGCAGCCAAAAUGAAGUCUGUGCUUUCUGUGUGCUGCUUGCUGUCUCUGCUGGCCCUGUCUGCUGCAGAGCUCCUGACAGGGUCCUCCAUCCACGAUGAGGAGCCUCUGGUGCAUCUGCAGCUCCAGCAGCCAGAGGGAGACCUCUUCUCCUGCAGAUGUGACACAACAGAGGAGCACACUAGCCAGAGCUCCUCCAACGACACCCCGGCCCCAGAGAGGGCCAUGUGCCAGCCCUGCACCAAACCCUCAUCAGCUUUAGAGACUGAAGAAGAGCCAGCUUCCACCUCAGAGCAUGAGGAGGAAGAGGAGGAGGAGGAAGCAGCCCCCGUGGAGGAGGACGCAUCCGCUGUGGAUGUAACAAGUGAUGGAGAAGGAGCGCAGGAGGAGGAAACUUCCCAGGAAGAAGUAGAAGAAGAGGAGGUGACAUCUGAGGAGGAAGCUGAAGCAGAGCCCGUAGAGGAGCUUGAGUCAGAGGAGGAUCAAAGAGUGGAGGAGGAGGAAGUAGCCGAGGAGGUUGCAUCAUCUGAAGAGGAGGAGGAGGUAGCUGAAGUUGAGGAAGAGGAGGAGAAUACUGACGAAACAGAGGAGGAAGCAGACGAGGAGGAGCUAUCCCAUGAGGAAGAGGAACUGACUGAACCUCAGGAAGAAGUUGUAGAAGAGGAAGAACCAGCUGCUGAAGCUGAAGAAACAGCUGAGGGAGCAGAAGGUGAAGAAAUACAGGAGGAUCAGGAGGCAGCAGCUGAGUUCGUAGAGGAGGAAGAGGAGGAAAUUACUCCUGCUGAGGAGGAGGUUGCUGUGGUUGAAUCUGAACCAGAAGCAGAAUCAGUUGAGCUUCCUCAAACAGAACCAGAGGAAACACAACCAGAAGUGACAGCAGAACCUGAGGCUGAACCAGAGGCCAUUUCAGAGCCUGAAUCAGAACCAGGGGUGACUGCAGAACCAGAGCCUGAAUCAGAACCAGAGCCUGAACCAGAACCAGAGCCAGAAUCAGAACCAGAGGUGGCAGCAGAACCAGAGCCUGAAUCAGAACCAGAAGUGACCGCAGAACCAGAGCUUGAAUCAGAACCAGAGCUUGAAUCAGAACCAGAGCUUGAAUCAGAACCAGAGCUUGAAUCAGAACCAGAGCCCGAACCAGAACCAGAGGUGACCACAGAAGCAGAGCCUGAAGUUGUUUCAGAGCCAGAGGUGAUUCCAGAGCCUGAACCAGAACCAGAGGUCAUUCCUGAAGUGGAGCCAGAGCCUGUUGCAGAGGAUGUGGCCGUGGAAGAGGAACCAGUGGAAACCACAGGGGCAGAGGCUCCUGUAGUAGAAGAGGCUCCUGUUGAUGGCGAGGAGGUGACUGCAGAGGUUCCUGCACAGUCUCAAACCAAAGAUCGUGAGGAAGAUGUGUCAGCAGGCCCAGCACUGAGGGAUCGCUCCCACAUUGAGGACACUCUGCGAUUGGCUGCUGCUGAACCCUCAGCAGAGUUCUCAGCUGCCAUGAAGAAGCUGUUGAACAUAUACCACACAGCCAUCAAGCCAAUGGAGCAAGCCUUUAAGUACAACGAGCUCAGGCAGCAUGAAGUCACAGAUGGUGAGGUCACCUCUAAGCCCAUGGUUUUGUUCCUGGGACCGUGGAGCGUCGGCAAGUCCUCCAUGAUCAACUACCUGCUGGGUCUUCACGGCACCUCACAGGGACUCUACACAGGUGCUGAGCCCACCACCUCAGAGUACACAGUCAUAACACACGGGGAGAAGUUUCGGACCAUAGAGGGCAUCGUCAUGGCAGCGGACAGCUCUCGAUCCUUCUCCCCCCUGGAGAAGUUCGGCCAAGGCUUCCUGGAGCGGCUGGUUGGUAUCGAGAUGCCCCACAAGCUGCUGGAGAGGGUCACCUUUGUCGACACACCAGGCAUCAUCGAAAACCGCAAGCAACAGGAGAGAGGUUACCCCUACAAUGAGGUGUGCCAGUGGUUCAUUGAUCGAGCUGAUCUCAUCUUCCUGGUGUUCGACCCCACCAAGCUGGACGUGGGCGGAGAGCUGGAGAUGCUCUUUAGGCAGAUGAAGGGCCGCGAGUCCCAGAUUCGCCUCAUCCUCAACAAGGCCGACAGUCUUACCACCCAGGAUCUGAUGAGGGUAUAUGGAGCCCUGUUCUGGAGCAUGGCGCCCCUGAUCAACGUCACAGAGCCACCGCGCGUGUACGUCAGCUCCUUCUGGCCUCAGGACUAUGCUGUGGACACCAGUCGAGACCUCUUCAUGAAGGAGGAGAUCUCUCUGCUGGAGGACCUCAACCAGGUGAUUGAGAAUCAGAUAGAGAACAAGAUCGCUUUCAUCCGCCAGCACGGCAUCCGUGUGCGCAUCCAUGCCCUGCUGGUGGACCGCUACCUCCAGACCUACUAUGACAAGCUGGGCUGGUUUAGUGAUCCUUACGAGGUGUUCCAAGACAUCGUCAAUGAUCCAGACAAGUACUACAUCUUCAAAUCCAUUCUGGCCAAGACCAACAUCAGCAAGUUUGACCUGCCCAACAGGGAAGCCUACCAGGACUUCUUCGGGGUGAACCCGGUUUCCAGCUUCAAGCAACUCUCCUACCACUGCAGCUGGACGGGCGGCUGUCUGCUGGAGAAGAUCGAGAGGGCCAUCUCGCACGAGCUCCCGGCUCUGCUCAGCAGCGUCAGCAAGGCCGCAGAUUCGCCUCCGCCGGCGAAGGCCUCGCCGACACCUCCGCCUCCGCUGCCUGGCACCUGCGAGGGUCCCGGGUGUGAGGAGAAACCCAAGAAUCGCUGGAGGAGGCAGUGAGAUGGAGGAGAGGGGUGCAAGGGGAGGAGCAGAGGAGGCAGAUGGCGGCAACAGCAGCAGCCAGCGGGUUUCUUGAACUAGUCCCCACUGCUGUGAUUUGCAGGACUGGCUUUGGGGAGACUGAACAGAGUGACAGAGCAAGAGCAGAAAAUGUGCAGAGAUGUACGAAGCAGGUCUGGGUCAGAAUACUUCUUAAUGCUUGUUUUUACCUACAUGCAGUUCCACACGGAUGCUUUUUAGUCCACUGGGACAGUUCAGAUCAGUUGUAGAUGACAGAAAAGUAAGCCAAAUAAGUUUCAUAUUCUUUUCUAUGGCUGUAGAGCAACUCUUCUGAUAUUUAGGUAGGUCAAAACAAACAAUGAAAAGUGAGCAUUUCUGACUAUGGUCUGGUAGAAAAGGAAAUGUAGAAAAAGAGGCUUGUGGUCAACUUUCCAUCUGAAGCCAUUUCUGUCUGCAAAAUGUGAUGAAUGUCUGCAGGAGAAACAAACUUCCGAAACAAAGGCGCCCAUAUAUCCCUUCAUGUUAAUGAAAUCUGAGAAUGAUUGUCUUCUUGUUUCUCACUGUUUUCAAGUUUGUACAUUAUUUUUUUCAUCAGAGAAAGAUGCUGGCAGUGAUUGUGCUCUACCAGUGAUACAGUAAAUGCUGCCGCUCUUUUCUUUUCUGUGUUGUUUGCAAAGUCUGAAUAUUCAAACUGCUGUGCUGUGUUUUUACGGUUCAACCAACUGUAGGUCGUUAUCAUGUCAUAUUUUCAAUGGUGGGACAAACAAAUAGAAAAAAGGGUGCUCUCAUAGUGUUUUAUUUAGCAGUGAUUCAACCAUGUUUAGUCACUGAACUCUACUGCACUACUGAAUACUGUACUGUCAUAUUUCUCUAUAUUGUUCUAUACUAUGUUCAUUAUAAAAACACGUUUUAUUUUAACAUUUCUCAAUACUGCACAGAGACUGAAUUGAAUGAAUACAGUCAUGGUGUUCUCCUCAGAACUCCAACAUUUCAGAGCUUUCUGUUUGUUUAAACGUGUAUUUAACGCCACUGUGGCCUUUUCAGCCCUCCGAACUGUUGCUAGUUUUAACAUCAGCAUGGCUGCAUACCACAUGGGCUUUUCCUUUAAAAAUGUAAUCUUUUCCUUGUUCUAUUAGGUCUGUUUGUAAUUGUCAUUCUUUUGAGUGAUUUCU